CCAACGGUCUAGUGCUUUCAAAUUCCUCAACCUGAUCUACUAUUUCAGUUUCUUUGUUCUCUCUGGAAAGUGGAAUCCUCCCUACAAAAAUCACUAAGCGUUUUAGCAAUGGAAGUUCAAAGCUGUUCAGUAAAAACACCCAAAUCCCUUCAAACAAAACCCAUGGACCCCAGCUGCACCUCUAAGGUUAGAGUAAUUGUAAGGGUACGCCCCUUUCUCUCUCACGAAAUUCCUGCAAAAAAUGGCAACCCAACUUCCUGUAUUUCUGUUCUUGAUCCAGAUCCUGACUCCAGAGAUGAAGUCGCUGUUCAUCUUCAAGAUCCUGACACCAGCCGAAAGGAGUCCUAUCAGUUGGACGCUUUUUUUGGUCAAGAGGAUAACAAUCUUAGAUCCAUUUUUGAGAGAGAAGUAAGCCCUUUAAUUCCCGGGAUGUUUAGGGGCCGUAAUGCUACAGUUUUUGCUUAUGGGGCUACUGGCAGUGGAAAGACCUACACUAUGCAGGGUACCAACUUGUUGCCAGGGCUAAUGCCACUGGCCAUGUCCACUAUCCUGUCUAUGUGUCAGAGAACAGGAAGUAGGGCAGAGAUUUCAUAUUAUGAAGUGUAUAUUGAAAGGUGUUAUGAUCUAUUAGAAGUUGGAUCGAAAGAAAUUGUUAUUCAGGACGAUAAAGAUGGGAUGGUGCACCUCAAGGGACUAUCUCGAGUCCCGGUCAAUUCAAUUUCUGAAUUUCAAGAGGUGUUUUCUCGUGGAAUUCAGAGGCGUAAAACUGCAGACACAGGUAUCAAUGAUGUCUCUAGUAGGAGCCAUGGAGUUCUUGUGGUAGCUGUCUCCACACCAGGUAGCGGUGAUUCUGGGACUGUUGUAUCUGGGAAGCUUAACCUAAUCGAUUUGGCAGGUAAUGAAGAUAACAGGAGGACUUGUAAUGAAGGGAUACGUCUACUAGAGAGUUCUAAAAUCAACCAGUCAUUGUUUGCAUUAUCUAAUGUUAUCCGUGCACUGAACAACAAAGAACCCCGAGUACCAUACCGAGACAGCAAAUUAACUCGUAUUUUGCAGGACUCUCUUGGAGGAGCCAGUCAUGCUUUGAUGGUUGCUUGCCUUAAUCCAGGAGAGUACCAAGAAUCUGUUCGGACAGUGAGCUUGGCUGCUAGGUCGAGGCACAUUUCAAAUUUUGUUCCGUCAACCCAUAAACAAGAUACUCCGAAGGUUAAAGUUGAUAUGGAGGAAAAACUGCGAACUUGGCUUGAAUCUAGAGGGAAGACAAAGAGUGCACAAAGAAUAGAUGCAUAUGGUUCUCCAUUCCCUCCAAGUUCUAUCACGAAACCAAAUUACAGCUCCGCAAAAGCUAAGGUCAACACCUACCGGAAAAUUUGUAAUGCUAAAGAGAGGGGAUCGUCUGUACCAUUCAGAAGUUUAUUUAAUGAUGAAGGUUUAACUGAUUCAUGCUUGGAAAGUACGAAUUGUGCUGCCGAGGAAAAUAGGGAAAAGAUCGGUGCUGAUUCUACUGAAAUUUCCUUGGAAUCAUCAAUACACUUACCCAUUGAGCCAUUGGACAAGGAAUAUAAGAUAACAUCAACAAAGUCAAAUAACUCAGUUGGAACAUCACCCAUUGCUGAAGUGAAGUGUACAGAGAGAAGUCCUUUAAGAAAAGUUCUCUCCCCCAUCAAUGCAAAUGUAAACCAAAUUCGCCACGAGGAAGUAGCCUGCAAGUGUCCAGUUCAGUUUGAGCCAAAAACACCUUCUACUGCAACCUGUGCAAAAGAAAAGUUUGUAACAAUCAGCACCCCACUUGACAAAUUUAAUGCAAUGAGUUCAAGUUUAAAGAGCUCUCUUAUGCAAGAAUAUGUUGAUAUCUUGAAUACCGCUAGCAGAGAGGAACUGUUGGAAAUAAAGGGGAUUGGAGUGAGAUUAGCAGAUUACAUAGCUGAACUCCGGGAAACAAGCCCUUUAAAAUCGCUGAGUGAUUUAGAGAAGAUUGGUCUCUCGUCUAAGCAGGUUUACAACAUGUUCAGCAAAGCUGCAAGAGGCAUCUUCGAUAAACAAGACGGUGCGCAGCUCAGAGAAGAGUUAAUGUAGGAUCAAAUUUGGUUAACUAUAACAAUGAUGUAGAAAUAGCAAUGUAUGUCCUUAAUUUGCUAGUGUGAGUGAGAGACUAAUUUGAUGCAAUAUGCUUUACUGCUUUCAUUUACAGAGAGCAGUCAUUGAAGUAGAUUAUUACCUAAACACUAAAAUAACUGUAGCGAACAGUGAAGUAUUUUAAUAUAUGCUUUUAAUCAUGUUUUAACAA